AUGUGGCAGGCCUAUUUCUUCUCAGGCCCAUUAAAAGAUAUUAUCAAUGAAUUAUCAAGAGAAAUGUCUAUUCUACAGAUAACACAAGGAAACAUGGGUGUAAUUACAUUGAAUAAGAUGGAUUGUCAAUGGAUUGAACAAUUAUCUCGAGCUAGUCUUGAAAAUGAAAAAGAUUAUUUUAUAAAACUUAAUACACCAUUAAACUUUAAUUUUCUUUAUGUUCAAUCGUAUCUUAUUCGAACAUAUCUUCUCUAUUGUCGUAUUAAUUAUGAACAUAUCAAAGGAAAAUAUCAAUGUUAUACUCAACGAAAACCUCCUAUUACUACAAUUAACCUUGUCGUUAAUGAUGUAGAACAAUUGGCAUCAAAAACACAAAACACACGUUUUGCUAUUACAUUUAAAGAUGGUAAACAAACAAAAUAUCAUUGUAGUAAGCCUGAAAAAUUCUAUAUGCAAUUAAAAAAAAUCUUUGACGAGAAAAAAUAUGAUUUGAAUACUAUUGAUAUUAUUGAUCCAAAUCAAAUAUUGGUUGACUUUAUGAAAACAAAUGUAAAUAAUUCAUUACCUAUUAUUGAAGAAGAAUAUCAUAUUAAGGAAAAAAGAUUAUUAAUUCGUAUUAUAUUAGAAUUUGAAAAUAAUCAAUUGAAAUAUUUUGCCACAUCUGAAGCAACAAUUACUUCGAUUCUUAGUCAUUUUAUUCUUGAUCAACAACUGAAAUUUACACCACUGGAAACUUAUUUUAGUGUAUUUGAUUCUCUUGGGCGAUACAUUGCUGAGGAUUGUCAAAUCAAUAAUAUUUAUCAAUCUGACGAACAAACAUCAAUUCAGAUUCGAGUUUGUCGAUGCAAACAAGAUGCUAAUAUUUGCUGUGAAGUGACUCUUACUGCAGGCCAAGAACAGCAACAUAUCAUUGAUGAAGAUCAGACAAUAUCUUUGGCACUUGAUCAGGCUGAAUCUAUCAGUGUCGAUCUAUUCAAUGGAGAAGAUGUAAUAGAUAUAAUUCUUUCCUAUGAUAACAAUAGUCAAACAAUUCGUAUUUUAAAAUCAUGUCCAGUUCGUAUAAUUAAACAAUUAUUAGAAAUGAUUAAAAUCAAUGAUGAUCAUAUAUAUUUAGCAUCCUACGAAACUAAAAUGAUCUUAUCUGAGAAUAUUAAAUUAUCCACAAUAAAUGAAACGAAAUUUUUCCUUGUGAAAGAACAUCAGACAUGUCUCAUAUCUAUUGAACAAUCAGACGAUGCACUUGUAGCGGUUACGGAAGACAAUAUGCAAAAUCAACGAUAUCUUAUCAAUGCCGCUAUGAAUGAUAUUUACAAACAAAAUAAAAAUAUUGAUCAAGAUCGUUUAACACUUUCGGAUGAUUCUAUUAUUGAUGAGGAAGACUCAUUAAAUGAUACCGGUGAAUCUAUCAAUGAUCUACAAUUGAAAUUAGUUUCGACCGCUGAUGCCAAAUGUGCGCUUACUUAUCAAGAUGAAACCAUUACGAUUUCAGUCACAAAUGAAAUACUUUUAUCAUCGAUUAUGAAAGAAGCUUUAGAAAAACUCUUGAUUCCAUUAGAUGACAUCGAUAUGUAUGAAUUGAAAGUAUUGGAUGAUCCGGAUAGCCCAACUACUGUUGAUCUUGAUUCGUCCAUCGAUGAGAUUCGCUCAGAUUUUCACAUUGAAUCCGCUACGCCACCAUUUCUAUUAGAAAAGAAAGAAAACGAAAAUUAG